AUGGCUGCCUUCCCAAUGCACAAUUACUACAGACAAUCGUCAUUAUCUGUCGAUACUCAACCCCAUAACUACUUUGAAGAGGACGAAGGAAGCAUUCUUGAUGACAACAUCCUCGAUCACUCUGCAUUAGAUUCCGGCUUAGAAAUGUCUCCACCCAUGGACAAUAGCAGGCGGGAAUCCUUUGCAGUAUCUUCAACAUUGUUCUCCCCCAAGGCUGAUGAAUGGCAACACGUCGACAUGCAACCAAUGGCAUCCAACAAUCCCUUUGUCGAGCACAACAGCAACAACCCAUUCAUGCGUAUCGAGGCUGCACAAAACGCAACAUAUGGACAUUCGAAUCACGGCUGGGGUAUGGGAAAUGGAUCGGGUAUGAGCACACCAAUGCAAGGUCAUGAUGGGCUUCCAUCUGAUUAUGAAGUCAAUGUUCCUAUCUUUCAACGUCCCGUGCAAACGCCAUUCACAAACCCUGGAAACCAUCAACUACCUCUCUUCUCCGCCAAUGGCUCAAGUCAUCCAUCUCCACAAAAGGACUGGCCCGUUUCAGAGAUGGAUCAUCGUAUUCCAAAGCGCAUGCGUCCACACAGCCCAACUCUUCGCUCGCAUCCUGAGAUGUCUAGAAGGGGUGAUGGUAUCCGAAAGAAGAAUGCUCGUUUCGAUAUCCCGGCCGAGAGAAAUCUCAACAACAUCGACCAACUCAUCUCUCAAUCUACUGAUGAGCAGGAGAUUAAGGAGCUCAAGCAGCAAAAACGUUUGUUGAGAAACCGACAAGCAGCUCUUGACUCACGUCAACGAAAGAAGCAACACACUGAGCGCCUCGAGGACGAAAAGAAGCACUACACUGCUUUGAUUAACGAUCUUGAGGAGGACCUGGCCGAAGCAAAACUUGCUCUAGAUGAGUGGGCUCGUAAAGAGCAACACUACCAACAAUACAUCGAGAGCUUGCAGAUGGAGAAGGAAGAGAUGGUGCGAGCUCACACUCUCGAAACCGGCGAUCUCCGCAAGAAAGUGAGCGUCCUCACCGAGCACAUGCAAAAGAUGGAAAGCACUGCCAUGUCAACUGUUCCCAGUUCGACUGGCUUCUCUGCCGACUACUCUGACAUUGAUGGACUGAACAUGGAUGGCAAUUGGGACAACAUUUCCUUCCUUAAUGACUUCUCCAUGGAAAGUGAGAUCAAGGUUGAGAAUUCGAUGGUUUCCGCCAAGAAGGUCGACACUUCCCUUCUUAGCGAGCCAGAGAAGCCUGCUGCCCAAGGCCUCCUCUUGAUGUUGCUCCUCGUCGGUGCUUUUGUCGCUUCAAAGGGUUCUUCUCCCAGCAUUCCCAGAAUGUCGGAUGACGUUCGUGCUGCAUCUGCAACACUUCUCGAAGAUGUAUUCAAGGAUGCUGGCAUUCAACAAUCCGCUUCUGCUGUCUCUGAUGUUACCAACGCAAUUGCACCUCUCCCAUCUGGCUCCUGGUCUACGACUCAAAAUCCUUUGGGAGGUAACGAAAUGGUCGGCGUCACAUCAUCAACUCUUGGAGAUCUUGCCAACAGUCUUUCGCAACCAACAGAAGAGCAAAAAAACGAGCAACUCUUUUCAUUGUCUGCAGCACAAUACAAUGGGUUGACUUCUCAAGAUUUCCUCGACAACUCUCCCGCUACAAGAUCAACCUCUCAAGGACGCAAGAAUCUCGGUGAAACACUUGCUGCCAUGCGAUCGAAUUCCAAGAAAUCGGCCGCAGAGGUUUAUACUCGAUCAUUGUUAUGGGAUCAAGUUCCAAGUGAGGUUGUCAGGAAUUUUGCCAAGUUGGUCUCGGAAUGUAAUUCCAGGAAUGGUCCAGAAGAGUGCGAUACCUCAUCGGGUUAA